GACAAAUCAGCAGACGGUAACGAGCAACGGUCCAAGUGAGAACAGGUCGUCGCGACUCUAUUAGAGCUUUUGCUAUCCUAGCGGAGGACGACGUCGGCGUUGGCGCGCGCGAACUCAUCGAGAGCAGGUGGCAGCCAGUCAGUCAGUCAACGGUAGGACCUACCGCCACGAGGUCACGGAUUUUGGCGGACAGCUUCCUGAGCGGCUGGAUGAAAGUGAAACCUUGGGAAGAACCGGUUCUUUGGGGGCGUUUAGCGGAGAUGUUUGUGAAGCAACUUAAUUUUCCAAGUGAUUAAUUUGAACCGUUAGCAACUUUUUUUUAUUUUCAAUUUGGCAAAUCUUCUUCAGUGUGUGAGUUUGCUGUGAACAGAGGAAAAAAAGCUCAAUUGAGUCGAAAUUUUGAAAGCCAUUUUCAUUCUGCGCGUGCAUUUCGUAACGUUUAGAGUGCUUGAGACCACCCAUGAAGAAGUCAUUUCGUAGUGCAAUGCUCGAAGUCACCUGAGCUUCUGAAGGACUCGCGAUAGGUGAAAUUAGUAAGCAAUAAUGUUACCCACGUUGAAAGUGACGCCGUGGUGCGCCAGCGACGGAUAUGAUUCCCGAUUCAGCAAAUCCGCAGUGCCAUUACGCGAUCAACGCCAGCAGCAGCCUGACAAACUCGUCGAAGAAGGUUAUUCGGCGCUGGUAAUCGGUCGGGAAUAGACACGCAGAGGUUUUUCGUGAAGGGGAAAACUGUGUUUGGCUUUAAAGUGAAUUGCCGAGUUUAAGGAGUUUUAAAGGAGCCCAUUUUGGAGCUGUUGGUGAACCUCAAGCAGUGACUCAACGGAACUGGCUUGGAUCGUUGUUUGGCUACCCAUGGAGUUGUUUGGAACAAAAAUGGUUAUGCUGAGUGUGCUGCUGCUCAGUGUUAUCUGGUGUAUCAGCGAGUGUAAUGAUAUCAUCAAUUCAAGCAGCAAAGAAACAUCGCUGCCGGCAAAGAACACCGUAAUGGCCGUGUUCAGCCCGAUGACCAAAUCGCCCGGACCGUGCCGCUACCUGUCCGGCACGCGCCGACAGAACCACCAAUGUCGGCGCGACGUCGGCCUACCGGAGGCCAUCAAGGAAGCGCGGCGGCUGGCCGUCACCCACUGCGAAGAACAGUUCCGGUACGACCGGUGGAACUGCUCGAUCGAAACCCGGGGCAAGCGGAACAUAUUCAAGAAGGUUUACCGCGAAACGGCAUUCGUCCACGCGCUGACGGCGGCGGCCAUAACUCACUCGGUGGCACGAGCUUGCGCAGAAGGCAAGAUGUCCAAGUGUCAGUGUGCUUCGGAGAAACGGCCCGAGGCCACUCGGCUGGCCUGGAAGUGGGGUGGCUGCAGUGACAACGUCAAACACGGCAAGCGGGUCACGCGGAACUUCCUAGAACUACAACCGGGCGCCGAUGGAGAUCCGGUGGCGGAGAUGUUACGACACGAUAGUGAGGUAGGCAUUGAGGCGGUUACGUCCACCAUGAACGAUCGCUGCAAGUGUCACGGCGUUUCGGGAUCGUGCUCGCUGAAGACCUGCUGGAGAAAGUUGGGUGACUUCAACGCUACCGCUGCCAUACUCAGAACCAAAUAUCACCACGCAAUCCGAAAGAUCCCAAUCAACAACAAGACCUCCAGACGGGCUGCCCCCAAAGAACUUCGUGACAGGGACACCACCUACGAUCAGCUGUACUACUUUGAGACGUCGCCGACGUUCUGCUCGGUAACUCGGGGCCGCCGCUGCGUUCAUCCGGACAACUGCGCCACGCUCUGCUGUGGCCGGGGCUACACCACCAAAGUGAUCAAAACCAUCGAAAAGUGUCGGUGCCGGUUCACGAACGGACGCUGCUGCCAAAUCGUGUGCGACUAUUGCGACAAGUACGAGGAUCGAUAUUACUGUAAAUAAGCCGCGGAGACGGCGGCGCCACAAGCAUGACGAAAUCUGAGCCAAUACUUUUAAACUGUUUUACUUACUCUGCGUACUGCGUAACCUAUUUAUUAUCUUAGAGAGUAGAGAUCGAAAUAAAACUAGGAAUUUACUGUGAAUUUUAUUUUAUUGAUAGUGUCGUUAUAAAAGAACAACAGUAAAAUUUUAAGCAAUAAUCAGUAAUCUCAAGCUAGAACUGUGAAUACCGAAGGUAUUCUCAACGAAAUCAUAAUCAUAAUCAUUAACCCAAUCUUGUCCGUGAAAAAUUUUACGCGUGUACCUAUAGAGCUAGACUGUGUAGAAGGGUCGACUGUAUUUAAGCCAUUGAAUGCUUUUCCUUAGGGUUUAAGAACUGAACUUACUGCUGAACAACAGUGUAUUUCUUGUGUCCCGUGCACUUUUUUCUCUUAAUCCAUUGAACUAAUAAAGUUUUCGUGUCUGUAGAUAGA